AAUGCUAUUGCAUUUUCCCGUUCCGCCCAAAGUGGUGAAAGAACAGAAUGUGGCUUUUGAUCUCCCCCCCCGCCGCAGCAAGGAGCAGCAGCAGCUGCGCAGUGCGCGUUCCUAAUGUGGGUGGAGAGAAGCUGCAAGGAGGGACGCAGAAGGACCAUGCCUUCACUGCCUCGCCAUAAAUUGCUCUAACCACAGGCCAAGCCAAGAGCUUGAGUAUUUCUGUUCAGUGCAAGAGACUGAAACAGAGAGGAGGCUACAACUGUGACGGUCCUUGGAGAAAGAAAGUGGCCACACAGCAGGACGCACAUGCACAAAAUGGCGGCUGCUCCAGGAGAAAUGGCAGACCUGGGAUUCCCGUUGCAGGUUCAAGUGAAAAUAGAGGCUCAGAGCCAAGCAGAGAGCACCGCAGCAGAAAGAGAUGGAAAAUUCACUUGCAUAACCCUGUCUGGGACUGCUGAGGAGUUAGUGAGAGGAGUAUCUGCGGAAAGGGUGAAGCAGGAGCUGGCAGAGGAGCCACUUCAGAGCUGGGACUGCCAGUGGCAAAGGGUGCUAGAGGUGGUGCCGACUGCCGUGGCCACCCCAGUACAGGACAAUCUACAGUUGCCUCCUUUGACUCAAGGGGGCAACACUGAGGCCUACCUGACCACCUUUGAGCGAGUGGCUGAUGCUUCUCAGUGGCCUAGGGAAGAGUGGGUGGCUCGGCUUGUGCCUGUUCUCAAUGGGCAAGCCCAGCAGGCCUAUUUCAGUCUUGAUGCAAAAGACAAGGGCGACUAUGGGAAGGUGAAGGUGGCCAUUUUGAGGCUAGACAGCUACAUGGCCACAGAGUCACAUCGCCAAGGGUUUCGGCAUUUCUGUUACCAGGAUACUGAAGGGCCACGAGGGGCAUGCCGGCAACUACAGGAUCUUUGUCAUCGUUGGCUGAGGCCCGAGAGCAAGACCAAGGAGCAGAUCUUGGACCUGCUAAUCUUGGAGCAGUUCCUGGUAAUCCUGCCGCAGGAAAUGCAAGAUUGGAUUAGAGAACGUGGACCCGAGACUUGUGACCGGGCUGUGGCUCUGGCUGAGCAGUUCUUGCAGGAACAGCAGGAGACUGAGAGAUGGGCCCAACAGAUAACAGUGCCAAUUGAGAUGGUGAUUGUAAACUCCCCCAUUGUAGAUCUGUCAGACUCAACACAGAGACAUCUUCGCAGGGAGACCAAACAAGUUGAUGAGGAUAGCAGCUUGCAAGCCAAGGAAGGUCUUGACGAAGUACCCACCCGUUUGCGUGACGAAGAGGCUCUAGCUGGGUGCUUGCACUUGGAAGGCAGGCUAUGCGGUUGCAAAGGGGUGGCUUCGAGAGUGGUUGUUGCUUGUGUGCAUCUUGAACCUGAUGAUCAAAUCAUGUCUGAGGACAAGCAACUUUCGGGGGUCUCUGCUCUGAUCAGGGUGGAGAAGAAGACCUGUAACUGCUUCUGUCAUUCAAUGAAAUGUGGCGAGAUUGAGGGAGCGCUGGAGAGAGAAGAACGUCGUUCAUUGUUGUUGGAUCCAGAACGGUGGCACUAGGUUGCAUUCUAUCUAUUUAUUUAAUUUUUUUAUUGGACCAUUUCCUGGAGCAGAAGGUAGCUCUGCAUCAUGACAUUCGCAGGCCAACAGGUGCUUCUGGGAGGACUGGGAACAUUGCUAAUUUUGAGUGGACUACUGAAUGUCUUUGUACCCGUGCAAGCCUUGCCAAGUCAGAAGUACAUUUUUAACACUUAUCCAUGCCUGAAACUGACUGUUUGCAUCAUGGCAACAGUAUGAGGCAUUUUAAGGGCAAAAUAUGCUCUAGGAGCAGAGAAGCAUGCUGACUAGCAUAAAGAUUAGAAACAGAGCCCAGUGGAAACAGGGUAUGGCCUAGCCCAGGUUGAAAUAAACUCUAAGCCUUGCGUUUGAGAUUGGGUUGCCAACUGACCAAGGAAAACAGUGGCUCAAUGUGCAGAAAUCGAUAGGCUUCACAGCAGUGGAGGCUGGCCCAUUAGGGUGAAUGGGGCACUGCCACACCAACCUCAGUAUGCCCUUAGCCAGCCCCCUGCUUCCUUCCUGCUUACAUCCAGUCUGAGUGGUCCCGCUGGCUGUCAGCUUCCUCCUCUUUAGUCUCAGUGUUGCCCUUGUAGAACUUAGCAGGGAAGAGAAAGAGGACAAAACUAGAAUUAGUUGGCUCUGCCUCUCAUUGGCUCUGGCUUUGACUCCACCUCCUGUUGGUCCUUCUGCCUCACCAGUCCCAGUGGGUACCAGCCACCACUGUUUCACAGCUUGAGGAUGACAUUAUUAACUGCUAAUUUCUGCCCAUCAGGCUGCUGUUAAAGGUGUAAGUAUGGCAGCUGGUUGAACAAUGGACAACCCAAGUUGGAAAGCGAGGACUGGAUGGGGAAACAGGAAACAUCCCAGCCUCCUGUUCUGAGUAAUAGCUCUUGUUAUAGAGGCCUUGAUAGGGCCCUGCGGUGAUUCCCACGUGGUGCUCACACAGGAUGGUGACCAUGCCCCCUACUGGCUGAGUAAUGUGAGUUGUAACUAAUUUGGCUGUUGGUGGUGGUUUUCAUUUUAACAUAACCCUCAAAAAAUGGAAAAUCAACGCAACAUCUGGUUAUUUAAUAAUUUAUUUCCCACUUUUUUAAAAAAAUUGUUCAAAAGCCACUUACAAUAAGCUUUGGCUACAGGAUACAAAAAAUAAACAAACAUUGACAAACCAAGACAUCUAAUAAAAACUGCCAAUAGUCACUGUUGCUCCCUGUGAAGGAUGCCUCUUGCUUUUCAAGAUUCUCACAGUCCUGUUCUAGCAAUGGUUUGUGAUUCCUAAAAGUCAUUAAAGCAACAGAACAGAAGUACACAGAUUUUUUAAUUCAUCAUUUAUGGUGGCGAGGAGGGGAAAUUCAACUUUUCUUAGAGUAGCCUUGGAUUUUUCUAAAAACAAAAUAGGUACAGGGCUGAGCAUGUGCAGAUCUAAGACCUUGCUGACAUGGUCAUUAUAGCUAAUUUGUGGUUUAAACAUUUUUUUUUAGGGGUGGUUGUUUGCAUGCUCUUUCUUCCCCGUAGCUGCUUUGUUUUAACCUCUAUGAGAUCUAGAACGUUAAUCAUGCUGGGAGAAGAUCACAUUUUAAUGGGACCCACUAGUCUUUAAAAGAGUCACCAUGGCUUAGUUCACAUGAGUAAACCUGUAUGUGCCUGGACCAAAGAUUGCAGCCGCAGCACUCCUCCCUCAGUCCUGCUGCCACUGCACUACUCAGGGCUAAGCCAUGAUUUGGCAUCAUGUUAUGUGCAAACUGGACCUAUUAUAAAGCAGCUUUCAAGCAUUAGUAAAUCCAAUCUCCUGCCACAGCAGUUUAUCUGAUAUACUGUAAUAGCUCAGGUUACAAGUCUCUGGUUGAACUUCCACCUCAUUUGCUUAGUGGUCUUGGGUGUGCCACUAUUCACUCAGUCCUCUCCACUAUAGGGAUAAUGCUGGCUUAAGAUUCGUACUCGUAAGAAUUACUGAGUCAAUGUAUGUGAAGCGUUUUGAGUAGAGAAAAAUUCCAUAUAAAUGCCAAGUGUGAUUAUUGUCUCAAGAACCUACUGUCCCUUUAUGGACUAAGGUAAGGAAAUACUGUAUGUCUUUUUCUGUGUUCUGUAUUAGCACCCAAUAGGCAUGAUAUAAAAUAGUCAUACUGUUUACCACAUUCCAUGUCAGUAG